CCGUCACCUCCUGAAGAGGGGUGGGUUGUAAAUCCUCUUCAAGUGGUCCAGUCACCAGUGCGCGUCUUCUUCAUUCACUCUUUGUUGUCCUCCAAGCUUUUAAACCUCCUGCAUCUCCACUUCCCAACAAUUUACGGAGAACUCGCGCACACGCGCUCUCUCUCUCUCUUCUCUCUCUCUCUCCACUAGGGUUUUACUGGAGAAAAAGGCCGAGUAGUGGAAUACAGCAAUGCCGGGAAUGCUCUUAAUGCGUCUCUUCUGAUGUUCCUUCAAAGAGAUUUAAAGAGAGUGGAGGACAGGAGUUGAAGAGCAAUGUGGUGAGCUAGGGCAGGGUUCGGGUUUUUGCUUUCUUCUCCCUAUUUCCUCGACCUGUUUGAAAGGAAUGGGAAUCUGCAGCGGGAAGCCGUUGCCACCACAGAACGAGAGCGGCUCCGAUUCUCCAUCUUCGAAGAAAAAGGAGGACAAGGAGGUGAAGCAUGAGGAUGGGGAAAAGGAGGAGAAGGGGAUGAGGAAGGAAGCAGUGGCGGAGGAGAAGGGCGGAAGCAAACCGUGGGCUUCGCCGUUCUUUCCAUUCUACACUCCCAGCCCCGCGCACAGCCUCUUCUGGAAGAAAUCACCAUCGAAUGGUAGGGUCUCUGCAAGUGCGACUCCUGGUAGAUUCUUCAAACCGUUCUUGCCACCCUCACCUGCGAAGCACAUCAGGGCUUUGCUGGCAAGGCGGCAGGGGUUGCUGAAGUCCAAUGAGGCUGCGAUUAGUGAUGGCGAGGUGGGCCGUGGUUCUGCAGUGGCAUUGGACAAAAAUUUUGGGUUCUCGAAGGGAUUUGAGAGCAAGUAUGAGCUUGGGGAGGAGGUGGGAAGGGGGCAUUUUGGCUAUACUUGUUGUGCAAGAUCCAAGAAGGGCGAGCUUAAGGGAGAGAUGGUAGCCGUUAAAAUUAUUCCCAAGGCCAAGAUGACUACUUCCAUAGCUGUAGAGGAUGUAAGAAGAGAGGUAAAGAUUUUGAGAGCUUUGACAGGGCAUGACAAUCUUGUCCAAUUUUUUGAUGCAUACGAAGACAGCGAAAAUGUGUACAUAAUAAUGGAAUUAUGUGAAGGAGGAGAGCUUUUGGAUAGAAUACUUUCAAGGGGAGGGAAAUAUUCAGAAGAAGAUGCAAAAACUGUCAUGGUUCAAAUAUUGAAGGUUGUUGCAUUUUGCCAUCUCCAAGGAGUGGUUCAUCGUGAUCUUAAACCAGAGAAUUUCCUUUUUACUUCCAAGGUAGAAAGUUCACAGUUGAAGGCUAUUGAUUUUGGUCUGUCGGACUUCGUGAAGCCAGAUGAGAGGCUGAAUGAUAUUGUUGGAAGUGCAUACUAUGUUGCACCUGAGGUCCUGCAUCGAUCCUAUGGCACAGAAGCUGAUGUAUGGAGCAUUGGUGUGAUUGCUUUCAUACUACUCUGUGGUAGUCGUCCUUUUUGGGCUAGAACUGAGUCUGGUAUCUUCAGGGCAGUUUUGAAAGCUGAUCCAAGUUUUAAUGAACCACCUUGGCCUUCAUUGUCUCUUGAAGCUAAAGAUUUUGUUAAGCGCUUGUUGAGUAAAGAUCCACGAAGAAGAAUGACAGCUGCACAGGCCUUGAGCCACCCUUGGAUUAGGAGUUACAACAAUGUUAGAGUGCCCCUUGAUAACCUCAUUUUUCGACUUAUGAAAGUCUACAUGCGCUCAUCUUCCUUGCGCAAGGCUGCUUUAAGGGCCCUUUCGAAGACAUUAACCAUGGACGACCUUGUUUAUCUUAAAGGACAGUUCAGUCUCUUGGAACCAAAUAAAAAUGGGUGCAUAACUCUUGAAAACAUCAGGAUGGCACUAUUGAAACAUGCAACUGAUGCAAUGAAGGAAUCACGUAUUCAAGACAUACUAACCUCUUUGAACGCUCUUCAAUAUAGAAGAAUGGAUUUUGAUGAAUUUUGUGCAGCUGCAUUGAGCGUACAUCAGCUUGAAGGUCUUGAUAGAUGGGAACAGCAUGCUCGUCAUGCUUAUGAUCUUUUCGAGAAGGAUGGAAAUCGAGCUAUAGUUAUUGAGGAACUAGCUUCGGAACUUCAUCUGAGCCCUUCAGUCCCUGUACAUGCCGUUCUCCAUGACUGGAUCAGGCACACUGAUGGCAAACUGAGCUUCCUUGGAUUUCUUAAGCUAUUGCACGGUCCUUCGAGCCACGCCUUCAUUAAGGCGCAUUAAGGCUUCGUUUGGGACGGCUUUUUUACUGCUUCUUAAAGCAGCUUUCUAGUACAAAAUUUUAAUUUUUAUACUAGAAAAUUGCUUUACGAAGCAGUAAUCAAGCCAUCCCAAAUGAAGCCUAAAAGUCAAGAAAAAGAGCCAUAGAAUUAAAAGUGCUUGUAGCGAGUUAGAAAGAUUGUUCACACCAAGCUGCAUCCUUCUCCAGGUAUAAUGGUUUAUAUGUUUGUGGAAUCUAAGUGUCCCAUUCCAAAUUUUCUUUCUCCAUAGUUUGAGCAUCAGGAAGAUAAUUCGUGAAGAUUGUGUUAUCAGAAUGUAAAAUGCUGUAGAUGAGUAUAUAUUCUUUUGUUUGGAUCAGGAUUUAUCUUCAUUUUUUAUGAUUUUCUUCCUGCUUUGUCUUUUCAGGAGUAAACUUGUACUCCCAUGUUAAACGUUACUGUUGCAAGUAAAUCAAAAUUUAUGUGCUGUUGAUGCUUACUUUAUCUCAA